UUGGUCGACCGCUGUGGAGCGUCUUGCUGCUCCUGGGCUGGCGGUGGUUCGCCGCUCACGGCCUGACCUGUACCGCACGGUGGAGCACAGCGAGACACAACAAAACAGCUUGGCCGGCGGAAACGCGCAGAAAUGCAGCCCGCUCAAGCUGGUCGCUGCGCCUUUAGUGCUCGCCGUUGGAUUUGCGUGGCACGCUGCACCAGUCGGGUUCUGCUGUGCAGGCGUAUCGGCUGCGGCGCCGCUUUUGUCGCUGACACGGCAUGUGCAAUAAUGGCUCGGCUCUCAGAGGCCGGCCCGCUGGAACGGCCCCGCUGCUCGCCUGACCGCGUGUACGCUCCGAAUGGCAAAAUCGGCUGCAGCAGUAACGACAGAAACAAUGCUGCCCGUGGGAGUAGUCGCCGCAAGACGUAAAACGUAAUAGUAUGGUAUUGGUGACAAAUUAUUCAAUUACUCUACACAGAUAUAUUAGGCAGCACUAAUACAUUUUUCA